AUGCCAAUGGAGUGGGCACCGCGCUGUCAUAUGGUACUGUCGCCGAUGCUCGAGACAGGAUUGAGGCUCGAGGAGGCUCUGAGGCUCAACGGAGGCGGUCGUGACGAGGUCUUGCUAUCACAACCGAGCCGUGACUUGGAAUAACCCAGCUGUGCGUUUGCACCUUUCGCCUUAUGAGCGCCGCGGCAUGUACAGGAACAAUGGGGAUGGUCAGAGGUUGCGCUGAGGACGCCAGAUGCCAUACCGCACACAUGUCCUCCCUAACAUACGAAUCCAGGCUCAACACAGGUUAUUGAUUAUGCUUGCGGGGUCCGACCGGGAGCCAGACGUUUCAGCAGCAGCAGCAGCAGCAGCAGCAGAGAGAGUGCAGCGAGGUGGAUGCUGCGCGGCGACGCGCCCCCUGAAUCCCUAAACUGAAUCUUGUGGACAGUGUUUGAGAGUGUGUGUGUGUGUGCUUAUGUGUGUGCGUGUGUGAGGGCGAGAGUGAAAGUGUGUAUGUUAGCACUUCCACAUGGCCUCCAUGCAGGACGGGGUGAACUUCUCUGCUCAUCCCUACGGCAAAGUACUGCUGCUGGGGGCCAUCGCCGCCGCCUCAGCCUUCGUUGUCACCAUCCUCAUCGUCGUGCUAUGUGUGGGCUGCCAGAGGAAAGGGAAGACACACAAUGGCCCUGGAGAGGAGAGGAAGCACAGGCUCAUGGACAUGAGUAUACUGCGACAGUCCAAGCUGACCUCCAUCAAAUCUUCUAAGAAGAACCGACCCGCCAGUAUGGAUCUGCUCCUACUUCCUAGCCGUCGAUCAAACUCCGACCUGCGUUCUCAGGGCCGCCAGCUGCCUCAGAUCCCCUCUGGUGAGGAUGGGGAACACACGUAUGCCGAGGUGGGCCGCCGCUCUUCUCCCACACGCGGGUCUGAGGAUGCCCGCUAUGGUGUCGGAGGUCGAGCUGGAGAGACGGACACACCCGCCCCACCAGCGGUCCCUGCUAAUACCCCUGCUCCACCUGAUCCCGACGGGGACUGCUUGGAGGGUGGGCUUCCAGAGCCAGAAACCCUCCCCCAAGUGGUAAACACACCUCCUCAACCGCAGGAAACAGUAGAGUACGCCUGCAUCAGAAAGGUCCGGAGAGUGGACAAAGCAGCCCAGAAGAGGGACAAUGGGACGGAGACCGAGGAGGGGCUCGGACAACAACGACACAGCAGUGGGGACCUUCGACAUGCCCCACCCACUCACCCAGCCCCGCUUCCAACACACCCACACAGUCAGAAGAUUCCUCGGAAAAAUGUGGAGGCCUUCAAUCUUCCAACUUUCCCUAAGGAGGCAGUGUUUAUGGGAAAUGGAGAACAGUACAUAUGGAAACCUCCGGAAGAAGAUGACAUCAUCUUCCAGCACAAGCAGAUGGGUAUUCUGAGCUCUCAUGCGGGAGAGAAUAUAGCAGCAUCUGCAGCAGGGAUCACAGAGAUGUAUUCGAAAGUCUGCAAACCGGGCAAAAAGAAGCGAGGCAUGCCUGGCUCACCCACCGCCACGAGGGACAUCAGCGGCUAUAGGACCUUGGCUCGAGGUGACCGCGGUGAGCGUGACGGGGGUUUCAGCGUGGUAGUCAAACCCCAAACGUGGGCCCCACAGGAGGGCAAAGGCACGAGAGCGCCACCUGGCUGUAUGGAGGACCACUGCUACGAAGCCAUCAGCACUGAGGAAACAGACCUGGCUUACGAGACCAUGGAGGGAGGGGGAGGCUGGAGGCGUGACAGGCCUCCACCCAAUGCCAGUGCCACCUUGCGGCCCAAGCGGAAACGGCCCCAGCAACCCUUGCAACAACCGCCGCCCCCUCCACCCCAGCAGACCCCCAAACUGCAGCAUCUCCCAGCCAAAACAAUGCUGAUUCCUGGGGAGAGCCUGUAUGAGAGCAUCCCUGACCUGAAGCAGGGCUCGGCCACCUCCAGCACAACCACCAUCUUUACUUUUAAUGACGGCAUGGAGAUGUAUGUCACUGGCCUGUAGGCGGCGCUCUGAGGAAGGGAACUUUACUCUCUGGGGGCUUGAAUGGGGACACGUAAGCGUGUCGUAACCCAAUGGGAUACGCGCAUUGUGCCACUGCUAUAUAUUUUACAUGGGUUCCAAGUAUUAGUUGAGCAUUAAUUGAGUUUUGUAUGUCUAGUUAAAGGUCAGUAUUCUCGCAGCACAAAACGAUAGAAUGCUUACGUGAAAAUCCUAACGAAAUGAUUUUGCCUAUUCACAUGCCUCCAUAACGAAGAAGUAAAAAUAGUCACCAGCCACGACAUAUCACAACAGACAACAUAUCACACCCGACAGUAGCAUUCCUAUAGAGGAAAUUCUUGUUUUUGUCAUUACAUGUUGUAGUUAAGGACAGAGUGACCAUCGGAAUUGCGGGUCAAACUUGUAUUUGAUGCCUAGAUAAUCCCAAAGUAGAACAAACAGAGCACAAGUCUAUUACAGAAGUAACUUGUUAAGAAGCACAGUUUAAUUGUGUCCCCGUGGCCCUCUAAAAAGAAGAAAAAAAUUAUUUGGCAGACGCCCUCAGCAAAGUACUGUUUUACAAAAAAUUCUACACAGAAAUUGAACAUUAUUAGAAAGCCAAUCAAAAGCUAUUGCCAAGCAAAAUAUCAUAUAUUAACAAAAUAAUUUAUUUCAUCUGUUCAUAGAAGAGUUGAUCCUAUUUUAAAAUGGCUAAAAGCUAUCUAUUGCCUAAGAGCUUUAGGAAACACAUGGCCCUAUUUUUGUAAAGUCAAAGCCUCUAUUUAUGUAAAAAAAAAAAUUAAUCAUAAUUUCAGAGCUAAAAUAAAGAUUCUAAUUCGACUGGUCAAAUAGAUCCUGUACGCCAAGAAAGUAUUUUCUUAUUAAGCACAAAUAUCUCAUGCUUAGCAUGUUGUCUGUCUGAGACAGUGCCCUUCUGAAAUUGAAGAGUACUAGAUUUAAAAUCUGUUAAAAGUAAUAGAUGGUAAAUUGCAAUUUUCAAUAAAGCAAGAUCAUGGAGAGAAUUAGCAAAAGCUCAGGGACAGUGAACAAAAAUAUUAAAUAAUUGCACACAAAAUGUUGACAUAUCUCACAAGAGACCCCCAAUGUCUUUUCAUGUUAUUUUUUUUGUUUUGGUCAUACAUCAAUUCAAACUGUCACAUAAGUCACCACAGCACUUCAAUGCGGUAAAGUAAGUGUUUUUCUUUGUCAAUACUGUUUAUGCACUUUGCCUGAUUAAAAAGAUGCAUGCUUUCAAGAAAAAAAUACCCUUGUAAAGGGAUAAAAAAAAAGAAAAGAAAGAAAAGUGAAACUAGCACUGUCCUGUGGUAUCAGAGAAUGGUUUAUUUCUUGCUGUUGUCGGUGGAUUGUUUGAUUUAUAUGCCUUUUUCUUCAUCUGAGAAAGAGCACAAAGUGAAUCGCUUCAGGACUGAGGGAGACCAAUGAGGACUCAAGGAGGACUCUCUAAAUAAAAAACUGGACAGUUAGGAAUAUAACAGUUGGUCAGAAGAAAUGUAUCAUAGACAAUCCCUUUCCCCCAUCAUUUCAGAAGCAGUCAGGAUGUCCAUGUAUGUCCAGAUCAGAUUGAAUGGAAUCACAUACAUUAGAUUGCUGCAAAAAAAAUCUCCUGUAUGUUACACGAAAGUAAUAGGAGAUUUAAAAAAAAAAAGAAAAAAAAGAAAAGAAAUAAAACAAAUGAGUAAGAGAUUUAAAAUUAGUGUAUGUCGCCCUGUAAGUCUAUGGGAGGGGGAUUUGGGAUUUUAUGGCCAGAUAGUGACAAGUUUCACCAGUGGACAAUGUCAAAAUAUCUAUGAUUUGUGGACUAUAGCCGCUGUCUCUUGGUGUCUUUGAAUCUGAUGCUAAUGUGAUCUGGAUUAAAUUAUCCCAAAUGGCUGGAGCACACAAAAAGGGGCUCAGGUCAACUAAAUAUAAUCAAAGAGCUUGUCUAAGCCCUCGUUGCUAUCAAAUGUUGGUGCAAUGUUGUAAAUAUGUUACAAGAAGAAUUACAGAAGAAAAUGGGGGGAGGGAAUUUGCUCUUGGUGUUCCUGAAAGUAUUUGUUUCUUUCUGGUUGUCCUUUUGGAAUGAUUUUUCUGGUGAAAAAUUAUCUCAGCAGUAUCUCUGUGAGUUUUGAUUAUGUGCUUUGGGAUUUUUUGUUUUGUUUUGUUUUCCACAUCAUUUUAGCUAUACUGUGUAUCUCAAAGACCAGUUGAGUUUAGUGUGGCAGCUAAUGUUGUGCGUUUGCUUAUCAAACAACAGGGUGGUGUGUAUUAAAGCUGUGUAAUUAAGUACUAAUGUGCAAAAGAUUGUAAUGUUUUUAUAUCAAAAUGACUAUUCAUAAAAUGUCGGGUCAAGUUUAUACUUUUUUAAAUAAAGUAGCACUUCAAAAAACACAAA